AUGCGGAAGCGGUGUGCUCUCCUGAUUUCCCUCUUGCUCCUGAAGUUUUCUCUCAUCUUGUACAGUUGGACAGAAACCAGCUGCUUUUGGAGAAUAAAGCAUGAUGAAGAGGAUGGUGGAGGUUUGAGGAAUGCCUGUCAGUUUUUACUUUACCUGUCUCCAGAACCGCCUGAGGAAGAUUUGUAUAAUAAUAUGACGGAUUUUAUAGUACCGACAGAGAAAUUGGAGUUUUUUCUGGCAUUGAUUUUUGCUACUGAAGAGAUCAACAGGAACCCUUAUCUUUUACCCAACAUGUCUUUGCUAUUUUCCAUCCUUGUUGGAAUGUGUUCUAAUACAACAAAUGUAAUCGAUCUAAUACAUUCACCACAAUACAUUUUUCCAUUACAUCCUAAUUAUAGCUGUAGAAAAUCUACAUGUGAUAUAUCACUUAUAGGACCGUCAUGGAGUACAUCUAUAAAAAUGGCAACCCUUAUCAAAUCUCCAAAGAUUUUUUUUGGACCAUUUCACCCUAUCCUAAGUGAUAAUGUCCUACUUCCCUAUAUCUACCAGAUAGCACACAAGGAUACAUGUUUGCCCAAGGCCAUGGUCUCUUUGAUGCUUUAUUUUACAUGGACCUGGGUAGGGCUGGUUGUCUCAGAUGAUGACCAGGGAAUUCAGUUUCUCUCAGACAUAAGAGAAGAGAUGCAAAAAAAUGGACUGCUUUCCAUGAUCCCAAUAGCAUGGCCCAUGAAGCCUUACUUAAAACAUUCAACUGCUUUCCUAAUCCCUAGUUCCAAAGGCCACAUUUUGGCAAUGAGAAGCAUGGCAGGGCCUGUCACAGUGGUGAUUUCCAUCACCAAGGAUGGAUUGCUACAGAGCAGCCUGUCCUCGCUGCUCCACAUAGCAACAAGGAAAAAAUUGUCAAUGAAGACAAAAACAGUUAUUGAGUUGUCCUCUGAUUCAGAUAUGGAGCAGUGUGUUCACUGUCCAGAGGAUCAGUUUUCCAACCCAGAGCACACACGCUGCCUGCAAAGACAUGUCUCCUUUCUAGCUUAUGAAGACCCAUUGGGGAUGACUCUGGCCUGCAUAUCCCUGUGCUUCUCUGCCCUCACGGCUCUUGUUCUUGGUGCUUUUGUGAAGUAUAAUAACACUCCCAUAGUGAAGGCCAAUAACCGCAUUCUCAGCUACAUCCUACUGAUCUCCAUCACAAUCUGUUUCCUCUGUUCAUUGCUCUUCAUUGGGCAUCCCCACAUAGUCACCUGCAUCCUUCAGCAGACCACAUUUGGAGUCUUUUUCACAGUGGCUGUGUCUACGGUCUUGGCCAAGACAAUUACGGUUGUCUUGGCCUUCAAGCUCACGACUCCAGGAAAAAGAAUGAGAGGGAUACUGGUAUCAGGGGCACCUAAAUUAGUCAUUCCCAUCUGUACCUUGAUCCAACUCAUUCUCUGUGGAAUCUGGCUGGUCACGGCCCCUCCCUUUAUUGACACAGAUACACACUCUGAGCAUGGACAGAUUAUCAUUGUGUGCAGCAAAGGCUCAGCUAUUGCAUUCCAUUUUGUCUUGGGAUACUUGGGCUCCUUGGCUCUGGGGAGCUUCACUGUGGCUUUCUUGGCCCGGAAUCUUCCUGACAGAUUCAAUGAAGCUAAAUUCCUGACCUUCAGCAUGCUGGUGUUCUGCACUGUGUGGGUCACUUUCCUCCCUGUCUAUCACAGCACUAAGGGGAAGGUCAUGGUGGUUGUGGAGGUCCUCUCCAUCUUGGCCUCCAGUGCAGGGUUGUUAGGGUGCAUCUUUGUCCCAAAAUGUUAUGUUAUUUUCAUGAGACCAGAUUUAAAUUCUCUUCAAAAGUUCAGGGAUAAAUCACUUUACUGA